UGUGGAACCGCUCCAUAGACAGUGAAUUGGGAGAGAUGUUCUAGGUGACACUGAGAGCAACCAGGGGGAUAUUCUGUGUAAAUGGGAACAUUUUCUGUUUCACAACUGACAACACUACAAUAUAAUAUAGCUCAUUUGGGUAUAAAAAAAGAAAACAAACUUUCUGUGGGUCCACAAAAUCAUCCUAAUAACAUUUUGGAAUUCUUAAUUUGGGUGGUGUUCCCCUUUAAAGCAAGAGUUCAUCAUUUUGGGAAACAUGCUUAUUUGCUCUUUUGCCGAGACUUAGAUGAGAAGAUGAAGACUGCUCUCACAUCUGUCCGAUAAAUAUACGGCUAAAGCCAGCAGUCUGAUAGCAUAGCUUAGUGUAAAGACUGAAAACAGAGGGAAACAGCUAGCGAACAAGCUCUAGUCUGUCCGAAGGUAACAAAAUGAUUUUCCUCUCGUCUCGUGUAGUACGUUAAUGAAGCAGAUUCAUCAUUUUCCACUUAAAUUAAAACAUUUUCCACUCGCACAGACACGUCUUUGCCUCAGUUCGUGCUACCCUGGGAGAAUGUAUGUGUAUUUCCAAAAAUGUUAUUGUGUGUGUAACUAUUUCUUUGACAGUAUGUGAAUAAUCAGGCUGUUCAUAUUUGGACUUCUUAUGAAUGACUCCUCAGCAGGUGCCAAGGCAGUAAGGUGAUAAAUACUUGAAGGCUUGUGUCACUCACAGAGGCAUGUGAGACGGGUCUGGAGUCUACGCACUGAGGAAACCGGUCUGUCACACACAAUUAAACACACAGUUCUCACACAGCGUCUUCCUCGUCAUAUUGAGCGCUGCUUGCUCAGCACAGCGGUCCCGCUGACAGACAGAUCAGAGGUCAAUCUCAGCUACAGAGAGAAGCAGCAGCGAGGACAGAUUAAGAUGGCACUGUGGGUAAAAAGCGGGAGGGGAGAAGCGGAAGACGGAGCCCAGUUAUAAUUGCUUGCGUAGGCUGACACAUCUGAAUUUACAGGCUGUGCUGGAGCUGCGCCACUCAUCUAAAACUGCUUAUUUAAGAGCUGAGAGAGAGAGAGAGAGAGAGAGAGAGAGAGAGAGAGAGAGAGAGAGAGAGAGAAAACAGCAGAUAUUUUGUUCACUUGUUUCUUAAUCUGUUUUAGGCCCCUCCCUUUGCUUUGCUGUUGCUAAAUUUGUCUCCCCUUGCUCAAACGUAAGAAGCCAAAAUGACACCAUUAUUUUGACUAGACUGUUUUUCCUCCCAGAGAGAGAGGCCAGAGGAAGUGUAGGUGACCUAGACUGGUUAACCACCGCUUCACCACGAGCUGGUGGCUGGGGCACUGCCACCCCCGCAGCCACCCUCUGCAUCCACCGCCUGCCAGGUCCACAUUACUACUACUACACGCCAUGACCACAAGUGGCCCUGCUCCAGUGCCAGCCUCUCAACGGGUCCAUGCUGGGUGCUUUCUCUCUCCACCCCAUUGGUGUAAACAGUCUGCCGUCUAACCAUCGGCUGGCCCGGAGCUCAUUCCGGUCGAAUUUGCAGACCAAAUGUGUGUAUGUUUAUGUACGUUAACCCGCCUUGGACCCGCACCGGCAGUCUGCACAGCUCUUUCUCUUCAUUGCACACGCACGACGCCGCGCACAUGUUGUUUUUGUGCUUCUUUUUCUCCAUGAAUUGCAACACCCCCAACCUCAAGCUGCUGUCUGGGACCAAUCAGCUGAGGAGUCCUGGCUCAGAUGCUGCAGUUUAUUCUGGACGCCGCAAUAUGGGGGGGGAGAUUAAACGAUCUCUCCUCAGAAAAGAAAAGAAUAUAUUAUAUUAAUAUAUUACUAAGAACCGGGGAGACCAGAGUGAACAGGGCCCCUCUCGAGGGGAGUUCUCACACACCCCUAAAAAUGUCCUCCUGCAGCCAAGCACCAGAUGUUGUCAUCUGUCUACUGUUGAUUAGAAAACACAAACACACCCAGCCACAGAGAGUCCAGCAUGUCAGCUACGUGAGUUAAAACAGAAAGGGAAGACAUGCAAUGUCUCUUUCUGUCUUAUUGUUUGGACCCUGGGUGUUAUUUGGGACAAAAAGGUGUACUGUAAACACUUCAGCCUGUUGCUACAGUCACACACGUAUAUACACACACACACCGCCCACCCCACUGGUUGUGGAACACUGCCUGAGGUGUUUCGGACCAUUUCUUGGUGGUAGCAACACUCCACUCAUGCUGUGGGACUGAGACAUAACACAACAGUCAGGUUAGACCAUGGAUAUAUUUUUUGUUUACAUCUGUCUGACAGCUACACUGGCCUUUGUUGCACUAAUUCAUGUUAUCUUGACCCUCCAUUGGUUCACGUUGAAGCCAGCAGGAUAAACAUUGCGGAGAGCAAAAGGUCAUUUUGAACUGUCUGACCUUCUGGUCACGCCUCAUAGAACGUCACACCCAACACACAUCAUUUCAAAAUAUUUAUUUCUAACCAAUAUUUUUUACCACAAUAAUAUUUCCAGUUCCCUGUCCUAAGGUCACCUCUCAAUUGUCCUGCAAAACAAAAACAUAUUCAAAUCCAACUUUCAAAAGGACUUCACAUUCAAACGAAUCCACAUGCGUCACGUUACACGAUUCUCAUCAUUUUUUUUGCACCAGGAGUUGAAGUGCUGAAUAAAAAACACUCGCUAGCACAGAGGAGAAACGUCGAGUGAUGACUCAUUUUUAAAAGAAUAAUAAUCUCAUAUUUGCACAUGGCGAGACACAGGACCUGGUGGUGGUCUGCCUCUCUGCCGAACUUUCCAUGUUUCUUCUCUGCGGUGAUGAUGGUGGCGUUACGUCCCGGUGGAGACGGUGUCAUACUUUCCCUGCGCAGCUGCUGUGCUGAAGUUUUCCCAUGUGUCUUGACCAGAGUGACCAUCAUCACGUCAUUUGAUGAUGCUUCCCAGCAGACUACAAAGAGCUUUAAUGCCACAUGCUCUUGUUUUUGUGCUUGAUUUUGUUGUAUUUUUUAAUUUAAUAAUGUCUGUGUAAAUCCCUGCAUUUUAGUAUGUCAGCAUACAUGCCCUUACACACACACACAAACAGCGCUGAUAAUCAAUUACAUCUUAUUUCCUUCAGUGUUCCUCUACCGGCACAAAUGGCCACAGACAUGACACUUUGUGACAAAACUGCUUGAUGAUUUCACAUUUUCCACUUUCAGUGCAAGUUUCAGUCCAAUACGAUGACUUAUUAACCAAGUAUAUUCUCUUUUCUUCCCAUAUCAGCAAGUUUCUUAUUUUCGCAACACUUGGAAGUGCAUGUGAUGCUUUGCGCCACUGAGGUGGCUCUACAGUUUCCACAGGAAAACAUAAUUUUGUGACUCAUACAGUAUGUUAUAAGUUGGUGUCCACUUGCAAGGGGUUUCCACACGUUCAUGCUAAUAUGUUAAGUUUGGCAGCACGCUGGUGAUGCAUAUGAAUAGUUGUCACACAACAGUGGCUGAGGGUGCUCAUAUCCUGGAUUUGAGCGUGGUGAAGGCUUUAAAAUCAUGGUGCUGGUCUCAGUCUAAAAGUUAUGUACAUGCACAAACAGACAGUGUGUGGUGAGACGACUGGUUUGGGAUGUGGGGGGAAAGAAGGAGCGAUAAAGGAGGUGAGGGGCCACGAGUGAAAGUGGGAGGAGUGUGUCUGGGUGUGGGACUGUCAUCCCAUUGAGGGGAGUAACUUUGGUGUUUUGAUCGAAAUCCAGCAGAUGUGGGAGAGGAGAGAGGGGUGUGAGUGAGAGAGAGAGAGAGAGAGAGAGAGAGAGAGAGAGAUAUUUCCACCCACCCAACAGGGAGACACGCUCAUAAACAGCAAGCAGACGGAGUGAGAGUCAGAAAGACACAGGAUCUCAGGGCAGCAGCAGUUCAAACAGAGAGGCAGAGACAGAAACAGAGUUUCAUUGAGAGAAGAUGUUUUAUUAAAGGGGAGGAAAAGUAAAGCAGACACACUCAAACACACACACAUUAAUAAACACAGCGCAUGCCACCCAGACAGACAGACAGGCAGGAACCAGCUAAACCCAAGAUUUAGUACCAUUAGCCAGAGAGGAAAAAUCUAAUAAGGAUACACUCACUUUCUCCCCACGUCUCACACACACACAUACAGUAUACACACACAUACUGGUGCUGAGUGUGCAGUGAGGAGCAGGGCUGAUCGACCAACAAGUGGAGCAUCAGGGAGGAAGGAGCAAGCGAGUGGAUGGAUGCCUUUUGCAGACUCAGCGGCCUGGACCCUCUGUGGGACUGGAACCGUACAUGGUACACAGCCAACCCAGACCUGACCCAGUGUUUCCAGAACACAGUACUGGUGUGGGUCCCCUGUAUCUAUCUGUGGUUGCUGGCCCCUUUCUACUGCCUUUACUUCUACUGCCAUGACCGUGGACGCAUUCGAAUGUCCUGCCUCUGCACCGCUAAGAUGGUGUUGGGUUUCCUGCUGGCCUCCUUUGGCUUUGUGGAGUUCUUCUACAUCCUGCUGGAGAGGAGCCAGGAGAUCCAGCAGCACAUGGUCUUCCUACUGAGCCCCAUCAUACGCAGCAUGACUGUGAUCUUGGCCUUAUGCAUCAUCCAGUUGGAAAGAAUAAGAGGCUGUCGUUCCUCUGUAUUCCUCUUCCUGUUCUGGGUUUUGGCUGUCGUCUGUUCCCUGGUGCCUCUCAGAGCGAAGAUCCAGCUGGCCAUGGACGAGGGCAUCGCGUCUGACAUUGUACGAUACCUCGCCUUCUUCUCCUACUUCACAAUCCAACUGGCCCAGCUCUUCCUGUGCUGUUUUGCUGACCAGCCUCCGGAGGGAAAAACCGUCUUGGAAAAGAAUCCCUGCCCCGUGAAAGAUGCCUCUUUCCUGUCAAAGAUUCUCUUCUGGUGGUUCACUGGGCUGGUUGUGAAAGGAUAUCGCACCCCGCUGGUAGCAGAGGACCUGUGGACCCUGAGGGAGGAAGACACGUCGCGCAAGAUCAUCACGGAGCUGGAGGAGGACUGGACGGAUGAAUGUGCCAAACUUCAAAAGCAGGAGAAGGCCUUAGCGGCGGGCGUGGCGUUGGGGAGCAGACUGCCAGACCAGGCUCAGCUCCUCAGGAAGCUGCAGAAGGAGCAGAGCUCUGGCUUCUUCCUGCUCAGGGCGCUGGCACGCAAGUUUGGCCCGUACUUUCUGACCGGUACCAUGUGCAUCAUAUUCCACGAUGCCUUCAUGUUCGCCAUCCCCCAGGUGCUCAGUCUCCUUCUGGAUUUCAUAAGAGACGAAGAUGCCCCGAUGUGGAAAGGCUACUUCUACGCCACUCUAAUGUUCCUGCUGUCCUGUCUCCAGUCCCUCUUCAACCAUCAGUACAUGUACACUUGCUUCACAGUGGGAAUGAGGGUGAAGACAGCUGUUAUGGGCUUGGUUUACAGGAAGUCUUUGGUGAUAAACAGCGCAUCCAGGAGGACUUGCACUGUGGGCGAGAUCGUGAAUCUGGUUUCGGCAGACACUCAGAAGCUCAUGGACUUUGUGGUGUACUUCAACGCUGUCUGGUUGGCUCCAAUUGAAAUUGCUCUUUGUCUCUUCUUCCUCUGGCAGCAUCUCGGCCCAUCGGCUUUGGCAGGAAUCGCCACUGUCAUUCUCAUUUUUCCACUCAACGGAUUCAUCGCAAAGAAAAGAAGCAAGCUGCAGGAGGUCCAAAUGAAGUUCAUGGACGGCCGCAUCAGACUGAUGAAUGAGAUCCUGAACGGAAUAAAGAUCUUGAAGUUCUACGCCUGGGAGAAGGCCUUCCUGGAGCAGGUUUUGGGCCAAAGAGAAAAGGAGCUCAAGGCCCUGAAGAAGUCUCAGAUCCUUUACUCCAUCUCCAUCGCAUCCUUCAACUCCUCAUCUUUCCUGAUUGCCUUCGCCAUGUUUGGAGUCUACGUGACCCUCGAUGACAGGAACGUCCUGGACGCACAGAAAGUUUUUGUCUCAAUGGCGCUGAUCAACAUCCUGAAGACCCCACUCAGCCAGCUUCCAUUCGCCAUAAGCACGACUAUGCAGGCUAUGGUUUCACUGAGACGCCUGGGAAAGUACCUGUGCUCAGAGGAGCUGAAAGUGGACAAUGUCUCAAAGUCUCCAAUGACUUCUGAUGGGGAAGACGUGGUGAUAGAUAACGGCACUUUCAGCUGGUCUGCAGAGGGCCCUCCAUGUCUUAAAAGGAUCAGUAUCCAUGUGCCACGAGGUUCCCUCGUUGCUGUGGUCGGACAUGUGGGCAGUGGAAAGUCCUCUUUGUUGUCCGCCAUGCUUGGUGAAACGGAGAAAAGAAGCGGCCAUGUCACUGUUAAGGGCUCUGUGGCGUAUGUGCCCCAGCAGGCCUGGAUCCAGAACGCCACAGUCCAAGACAACGUCUUAUUUGGCCGUGAGAAACUGAAGACAUGGUAUCACCGAGUGCUGGAGGCCUGCGCUCUGCUGCCCGACCUGGACAUCCUACCUGCUGGAGACGGCACAGAAAUUGGAGAGAAGGGACUGAACCUCUCAGGCGGGCAGAAGCAGAGGGUGAGCCUGGCCAGGGCUGUCUACAGAAAGGCUGAUGUGUACCUCAUGGAUGAUCCGCUGUCUGCUGUAGAUGCACAUGUGGGCCAACAUAUCUUUGACAAAGUCAUUGGGCCAAAAGGAGUCCUUAGAGACAAGACCCGCAUCCUAGUGACCCAUGGGAUGAGCUUCCUGCCACAGGCUGACCUCAUUGUCGUUCUGGGAGAUGGAGAAAUCACAGAGAGCGGCUCCUACCAGGAGCUCCUCAGCCGCCAUGGCGCCUUUGCUGACUUCAUUCACACCUUCGCCAACACGGAGCGAAAAGAGAGCGCCAUACAAAGAGCUGGUUCCAGGAGGUCCAAUGCUCGUCUCAGCAUGGUCGACUUCAUGCCAUUCUCCAGAGACCUUUCACAGGAGCAGCUCAUUGGGGGUGACACCACGAAUACCAACCUGCAGAACAUGGAGCCUGUGUCUGAAACAGACCAGGAACCGAUACCAGAGGACUUGGGCAAGCUAACUGAGGCCGACAAGGCCCGCACUGGAAGGGUGAGGUUGUCGAUGUACAAGAAGUACUUCAAGACCAUCGGCGUGGCCAUCAUCAUUCCCAUCGUCUUCCUGUACGCUUUUCAGCAGGGCGCCUCAUUGGCCUACAGCUACUGGCUGAGCAUGUGGGCUGACGACCCUAUUGUUAACGGCACCCAGAUCGAUACGGACCUGAAACUGACCGUGUUUGGUGCACUGGGCUUCGUUCAAGGUAUCGCCAUCUUUGGUACGACUGUCGCCAUCUCCAUCUGCGGCAUCAUUGCCUCUCGCCAGUUGCACAUGGACCUGCUGGUCAACGUGCUGCGCUCUCCGAUGUCUUUCUUUGAGUGCACGCCCAGUGGCAACCUGCUCAACCGCUUCGCCAAAGAGAUCGACGCCAUCGACUGCAUGGUCCCCGACGGCUUGAAGAUGAUGCUGAGCUACUUCUUUAAACUCAUGGAGGUCUGCAUCAUUGUGCUGAUGGCGACACCCUUUGCACUCGUGAUCAUCCUGCCUCUGGCUUUCCUUUACGCCUUUGUCCAGAGCUUCUACGUCGCCACAUCCUGUCAGCUGCGGAGGCUGGAAGCCGUGAGCCGCUCGCCCAUCUACACCCACUUCAACGAGACGGUGCAGGGCGCCAGCGUCAUCCGGGCAUUUGGCGAGCAGUCCAGGUUCAUUCAGCAGACUAAUGAGAGGGUCGACUUCAAUCAGACAUCCUACUUCCCUCGAUUUGUGGCCACCCGGUGGCUGGCAGUCAAUCUGGAGUUUGUUGGUAAUGGUGUGGUCUUAGCUGCUGCCGUUCUCUCUGUGAUGGGAAGAGGCACCCUGAGCCCAGGCAUCGUUGGUUUGGCCGUGUCACACUCCCUCCAGGUGACUGGAAUCCUGAGUUGGAUUGUGAGAUCCUGGACUGAUGUGGAAAACAACAUUGUGUCUGUGGAGAGAGUCAACGAGUACGCUGAGACUGUUAAAGAGGCGAGUUGGAGUAUAGAAGGCAGCACCUUGCCCCUGGCCUGGCCAGAGAGAGGUACUAUCGAGUUCCAGGACUACGGUCUGCAGUACCGUAAAGGCCUUGAGUUGGCUCUGAAGGGCAUCACCUUGCAAAUUCAUGAAAGAGAGAGGGUUGGAAUUGUGGGUCGGACAGGAGCAGGGAAGUCUUCACUUGCCCUGGGAAUCUUCCGGAUCUUAGAGGCAGCAAAGGGAAAGAUCUUUAUAGACGGAGUCAACAUCGCCGACAUCGGACUCCAUGACCUCAGAUCCCGCAUUACUAUCAUUCCUCAGGACCCUGUGCUGUUCUCAGGCUCCCUCCGGAUGAACCUCGACCCCUUUGACACCUACACCGAUGAAGAGGUGUGGAGGUCACUGGAGCUCGCUCACCUCAAAAACUUUGUCUCUAACCUGCCAGACAAACUCAACUAUGAAUGCUCAGAGGGAGGAGAAAACCUCAGUCUGGGUCAGCGCCAGCUGGUGUGCCUGGCCAGGGCCUUGCUGAGGAAAACCAAGAUCCUUGUUUUGGACGAGGCAACAGCUGCUGUGGACCUGGAGACAGACACGCUCAUCCAGUCCACUAUCCGCACACAGUUUUCAGACUGCACCGUCCUGACCGUUGCUCACCGCCUUAACACUAUCAUGGACUACACCAGAGUGAUCGUCAUGGACAGAGGCCACAUUUCUGAGAUGGACACUCCAAACAACCUCAUCGCACAGCGGGGACAGUUCUACCGAAUGUGCCGGGAAGCCGGGGUGAUCUAAGUCUUCAUUGGAGCUGGUGUCCAGGUGUACAGAUGAGGCACCUUACUUGUGUGGCUCUCCAGCACAUGUUAAAUCGGGCCAUUCCAAGCUUUAUGGCAGCUCAAAGCGCCUCUCCGUGAGGUCAACGUCAAUGAAUCUCAAGAGCAGCUGCAGACGCAGUCCCUAUUUGUUGGUUUUUAACACACACAGACAUGCUGUCCUAAAGACAUCGUUAACCUCAGAUGAUGAGCAUUCAAAAGAAAGCUACGGAGGAUUGUUGAGAGUCUCUAAGCUAUAAAUGUUGUCUAUAGAGUAGUGGAGUACGUUUAUUCCAUGAAAGGAUUAAGCCCAGAGCUACAAGCUAAGAGUACUACAAAUCUUAAGGAUUGUCGUUCUCUUUUUGAAUGGGAGCUAUAUUAUUUUUGUAGUUUUUGUAAGUUUUAUAAAGCACAUGACAUAUUUUCUGAUGUUGUCUCAGGCUUAAACGUUGAUGUUUACUCACUUUUUAAAGCCUUGUAUACCAAGAAAGAGGCGAUUUUUGUAAUUGUAAACUGAAGUCUAUUUUGUCUUGCUGUCCCAGAAACUGGGACAGGAACUACUUUGACACACUAACCUUCAAAAGGUUCAACCUGGCAAACGCAGGGGAAGUGGGGUUUUCACUGCCUUCAAAAUCUGAGCUGGAAGCAGCCAAUUUGGAGUUUUUAUAUGUCAGAAAAAAAGAAGAAAACAUUGAAGUGAGCCAAGACAUUAGCAAUCGUCCAACUAUGUUGUGGCUGUUGUUUAUUUCUGUCAAAGUAAACACAUAAAAGUCGAUAGAGACCUUGCUGGUCAGAUUUAACCUGACGCCGGUAGUGAAAAACCACCAUGAAUGAAGAGAAUGCGUCUUCAAAACAAUGGUGAUAAAUCUCUGUCUGAUUGUCUCUCUGCCUCCACCGCACAACUCAGGCCAUAGGCAGAGAAGAGAAAAUCAGCAUUGUUCUUAUGGUGCUGACAUGACACACUGUAAAUAGUCCACGUUGACCUUUCCUCUCGAUUCAAAGAAAGAACCCUAUGAACUUUUCAAAGAGAAGAGGCAUUUACUGUUUUUGUCUUACUGGUUUAGACAAUAUAUUGUAAGAGAAACCCUAUAGUUUAUUUAUGUCAUACGACAAAAUGUAUUAAGUGUCCUUAAGUUUCCUUAAGAGGAUUGUAUUAUAUUUAUACUUUUUAUAACAGGCUUGUUGAUUUUUUCACUUUUAUUGUUGAUGUACUGUCUUGUUCCAUACAUCAUGCUGAAUAAUAAAGUUUAUUUGAGUCUA